UGUUCAUUUAUCAAUUGUUAAAUAAAAGUCCAUGUUUUAAUACAGGAACAAAUCUACAAAUUUAUCUGUCUAUCUAUCUCACUAACUGUGAUCUCCCUGAGGCCCAAUCAAACACCAUAUUUGAGUUGGUUUCCUUCUCAUUUAUACUUCCUUCUUCCAGCAUCCAUCCUUCCAGCAUCCAUCCUCCUAUACCCUUUAUUCUUCCAUAUCCUUCCAUCCUUCCAGCAUCCAUCCUUCCAGUGUCUUCUUCACUUUAACCUUCUGUCCCAGUGUGUCUGUUUCCUAAUCUAUCUGUCCAUGUCUUUAUAGGAAUAUUAUUCAUAAUCUGUAAAUAUAAUGGACGUAAUGAUCAGAUCAAACCUUGUCCGUAAACAGAAGACGAUGUUUGAACAGGUUUUAAUCCAAACCUUCGUCAGAGAUUUCUAUGUAAAUGUUACAAGUCUUAAUUUUGAAUUUACAGAGUUGGAAAAUUAAAGAUGGCCGAUUUAAAAUGGCGGUCUUAAGAAAAAAAUGGCAGAUUGAAUUCUCAAGCGAUUAAAAUGUAGAACGGCUAGAUUUAAAAAGAGAAAUAAUAUGUACAUAUUUAUGUACAUGGUGCUCCCAGUUUUAAUCUUGCCUCGACAACACUAAAAAGAAAUGUACACAAGGAAAAAGGCCUGGAACCCAGGGAUGAAGAAGGAAAAGAAGGGUGACGGCGGCGGCGGGGGGCGGUUGAGAAUAUUUAGCUCAUUCAGCCGGGGUAAGGCGGGGAUAUUAGGAGUGGGAGACACGGCGGGAACCGCCCCUAAACUUCAGUCUGAUCCCGUCUUGUUGGCGAUUAAACGGCGGGAUGAGGAACAAAUUGAUGGAUUCGGUGGGAACAAUUUUACAAGAUGUUCUGAAGAUUCAAAAAGAAAAGACUCCAAGCCCCGUCGCCUGCCAACUAGGAGUUACUCCCUGUCCCUCCAAACCAGCGACUCCGUCGACUUCUCCCCCUCUAAAUGGAGUUCCAAGGAGCACCUCUCUUCGCGGUUCGACUCCCUACCCAAGUUCACCAGCAUUGGGGAGUCACUGCAUACCCUGACAAACCGCCCCCUACCCGCCCUACCCACUAGGGGAGAAACCCUACCCAAACUAAGUAAAGGCGAAGUUCUUCAGAAAUUAGUCGGACGGGGUGAAACCCUGCCUAAACUAUCUCCUAGUCCUAAGAAAACGCGCCAUUUUAGCAAAAAACGCGAGAAGAAGCGAAAAGUAGAAAAUCUGCAAAUCGAGCACCCCCACUUAGCACACCUAAACCCAGAGUACGAAAUAGAAAGAUUUGAACGGGAGUUUGUGAAACCAAUGCUGGAUUCAAGAAAGCUUCUAAAUCAAGCAGAAACUAAGAGCAGCAUAGAUCUAAGAGCAGCUGCAGAUGAGCAGCUCAAUACCAGCCUUCCUACCAUGCAUCUGCAGCUAGAUAAGCGGUUAAACUCCCGAAGAAGAAAAAGAAAAGAGCAGCGUGCUGCUCUGGCAGAAAAAGCUGCUCAUGAUACCACGACGGAGGAGCAGCCAGAGCUUGAAGCAGCAGAGCGUCUCCGUUUAGAGGAGAGACUAGGAGGGGAGGAGAAUGAGCGUGUUUCUAGUUCAUCAAAUUCUGUAACAGAUUCUAACUACGAUUCAGGGGCGUUCUCCCGUACCUCAACCCCCGAGAUAGUUGCAGGGCCCGGGUUUACCUCCCUACCCCCUCUCACCUCCCCGCCCUUGGUUCUAUCCUUGAUAAGGAGCGGUGAUGCGAGGCUUGUCAACGGUCAGCUUGUUUUAGCUUGUCUCAGCGCAGCUGGGUCCUCCAGUCUAUUCGACCUGGAUAAAAUAGGACAAACCGGAGGCAUUGAAAUCACCAGCUCCUUUCAGGCUAUUCGAGCUGAUAUAGACACUGUAGACUCGCAAGACUCGCUAGUUCAAAACCAAGAAACCGACCAUUCAGGGGCAGUUACAAUAUCAAUUGGGCCGAGUACAAAGCUACAUGUGAAUGAAGAAAGUUCCUUGAGUGAGAAGAAAUAUGUAUCUUUAUCCAACCUGGAGUCUAGAACUAGACACGGGGACAGGUUUAUCUCCCUGGCAAACUAUAGCUCCGAAUCCAAACUAGGACGGGACGGACGAGCUAGGACCAGGAUUCCCUACAUGGGAACGUCUCGCCUUGGAACUCCUCCCAUGGAACGUGUAAAUACCCCACCCCGUUCCCUGGAACGUAACCGUAUCUCUACCGUGUUCCUUCAGAAAACCUCUACUCCAACCCAAGGUUCAAGGACGGAUCCAGGUUCUCCAGGUGGAGUACAACAGACGGAAAGUUUCUACGCUAGACGAGCAACUACUUUUCUCCGGGACAUAUUAAACAUAGGAGGGGAUAGUAAGGACGAGCUACCCCGGAGUAAGGAUGAGGUUAGAGGACGGAGAGCUGGCUCUACAACUUCACAAACUAGUUCACAAGAGAGCUCAGGAGUCUCCAGUUGUAGCUGUAGCUCAGUGGUCACCGUUAACGGUCAGCAUCAUUGUAUUCAGGUCCUGGAGAACCAUCGGUCAGUCCGAUCCAGUUCAAAACUGAACCUGGAGAACAAUUCAUCCUGCGAUGAAAGUUUAUCAACCUGCUCUGAUUGUGAUUUUACUCCGAUUAUUCUUCAGAUUUAGUUUAUAAAGUUAUUAAUUCAUAUUUUUCCAAAGUUCCUUUUUUUAAAACCUUUUUUUGCGUUUUUAUUUCUUUAUUGAUCAAUUACCGGAGUUUCGUUCAAAAUACUUCUGUUUACUUGCACAAUAUUUGCAACACAAUCCAGUGCAAAAUACGUCAAAAUUUUGCAGAAUCAACUCCGUAAAAGUUGUUCGUUUUAACCUAGCGCCCCCCCCCAUAACUUCCCGCACAUUUUCGGAAUUAAUUCACCAUUCGCCCCCCCCUCACUCAAAAUGGCAAAUUCAUUUAUGCGUAAAAUGCGUCAGAAGCCAAUCUACAUAUAUUUAAACAUGAUAUUCCUAUAAUGUGCCAAAGAGCUUCAAGGUUAAAAUUUUAUUUACUUUAAACAUUUUUAUAGUUUUGUUCAUUUUAUUCUAGAAUCUAGAGAUAUUAUGAAUUUGUACAAAAUGUCCUUUUUUGCUCAAAUAAUGAUUUAUAUUUAAAUAUAAUUUUUAAUGUAAAA